AUAUACGGAAGUUCGCCAGACAUGAGAAGAGGAAAAGACUGACGGUGCUCCGGCCGUGAUGGCAGAUGCUGGAAGCAAGGGCUUUGUGAAGGAGGGCCGAGAGGACACCAUUUUCGUGGGCGGCCUCCGGAAGAGCACCACCGAGGACAAGGUCGCCGGGCAUUUUGCCAAGUUUGGUCAGGUGAACCACGUGGAGAUCAAGAAGCAGCCCGAUGGCACCUCGCGGGGCUUCUGCUUCGUGACCUUCGCCGAGAAGGUCUCAGUCUCCAAGGUGCUCCAGGCCCACUCGAGCCACAUGAUCGACAACAAGUGGGUCGACGUGAAGCCACAGGUGGCUUCGAUGCCAAAGAAGCCCAGCCUGCCUCCAUUGGCCUCGAAGAAAGAGAAGCACCAGGCGAAGGAUACUCAGGACGAGUACGAGUCAGGCUUUGCGGAGAAGUACCUGCAGGCGGCGGCUGCGAUGCAAGGUGGAGGUGGAGACGACUCCUCGAGCAAAGAGACCAAAGAGGGUGAUGAGAAUCAGAUGGGGAAGAUGAUGAAGGCCAUGAUGAGCAUGAUGCCUAUGAUGAUGGGCAUGAACCCCAUGAUGAUGGGUGGCUGCGGAGGCGGCUGCAGUGGUGGCUGCGGCGGGGGUUGCGGCAAUGGCGCUUGCGGCGGCUGUGGAUGUGGGUGUGGUGCAUGCCCAAGCUGCAGUGGCUGUGGCAGCUCAGGCUGCGGUGCGUCAGGCUGCUGUGGCAGCUGUGGAAGUGGAUGUGGCAGCUGUGGUAGCUGUGGCUGUGGCAAUUGCGGUUGUGGCAACUGCGGCUGCGGCAACUGCGGCUGCGGCAACUGCGGUUGUGGCAAUUGCGGUUGUGGUAACUGUGGUUGUGGCAACUGUGGUUGUGGUUGUAACCCAGGCUGCUGCGGGAACUGUGGCGGCUGUGGCUGCAACGCAGGCUGCUGUGGAAACUGCGGCGGCUGCGGCUGCGGAAACUGCGGCCCUUGCUGUGGAGGCUGCUGCGGUUGUGGCAGCUGUAGCGGCUGUAGCGGCUGCGGAAAUUGUGGCUGUGGUGGCUGUGGCUGUGGAAGUUGCGGUUGUGGCCAAUGCAACUGCUGUGGUGGCUGCAUGAACUGCGGCUGCGGAGUUGCGGGCGGCUGUGGGGCAAACUGCACCACUGGAGGAUGUGGUGGAGCCAACGGUUGUCCCAGUUCAGGCGCAGAUUCCACUCCAGCUUUGACGGAUGCUGUGCGAACAGAAUCCAGCAAAGAGCGCUUCCAGCCCUACUGAGCUUAUGCCCUGCGGAAUGGAGACAGGUGGGUCUAAGAUGCAAGAUGCUUGAGCGACGCAGCGAUGUUUUAAAGGUCCUAACUGCCAGCAUGGGCAAAGCGCGGUCCCUCA